CUCUCAUCAAACUCACCCGUAAAAGGUGGUAUUGACGAGAUCACACGUGAAUACUUUGAUAUUUCUAGAAAAAUUUCUCAUUUGUAUCCAACAAUUGACAAUGCUGAGCUAGUCAGCGCGGCAGCAGCGGCGGCAGCUGCUGCUCCUUUGGCAAGUAAUCCAAGUCUUCUAUCCGGUCUUCCUGUUUCAUCUCGUCAUUUACCCUCUUCUCGAUGGUUUUCUAAUAAACAGCGUACUUCUCUGGAUGCAGGAUCGCUUCCUGGACACCAUCCUAGUCUAUUAUCGGCACUUCCUCUUUCUUCUAGAUAUCUCAGUUCUUAUUUGUUUCCAAACAGACAGCGCUCCUUCAGAAUAGAGGGCUCUACCGCCCAUCAUCACCAUCAACACCCUAACGCGCAACGACCCGUGGGAGUUAAUGGACAAAAUGCUGUGCCCAGUCGGACCGUUCGGUGGUUGGUUUCUUCUCGUCUUCCUCGUUUCAUUGGACAAAAUAAUUCACAUCACCAACAGAAUGCUGGACUAAAUAGUUUUAUUCCUCUCUCUUGGAAUAUGAUUGAUGGUGCUGUCAGAAAUGGGGAAUGUGGUUUGGCAUCUUUGCGUACUGCGGCUGCGACUGGUAGUGGUUCAUGUGCCAACACAAACACGACUACAAAUGGCACAAAUCAAGCCGGUAUCACUCCUGUGGGAGUGUGGUGCCAACAUGUUGUAGCUACCUGCCUUGCUCGUAUUCGACAGCCAAAGCAAGUUGUCCUUCGAGCUCCUAUAUCUGAAUCUUUAUCGAAGCUUACCAAGGAAGGUCUCCAAAAGUUCGCUCAAAAUCUCAUUUGCCAAAUGGGAGCAAAAAAAAUUUUACCUGCUGCUCAAAGUAUUCUUGAUCAACUGUUGACUUCGGCCGAUAAUCCCCUAAAAGAUUCGCGUGGCGCCCCAGAUCCUACUGCCGGUGGGGCUAUUGGGGAUAUCGCUGCAUGGUGCUUUGAUGGAGCUGUUUUGCGCGAGAAGUUACGGGUUACUUUACAUCGUUUUUGUGCACCUAAGACUACGUUUUAUAGCGAUUUGACAUCUCUCGCGUGCAACUUGCCAAAUGAAACUGAAGAUUACAAUGGUCUCCUCCGUUCACUUCGUAGUUGUGAACCCCGUGGCGUAUGGGAGCUCCUUUCCGUGAUUGCGGACAUGUUGCGCAGACAUGAUAACAAUGGUGUGCCCUUGUUAGAAAUUCUAACUCGUUGUAUUCUCGAUGCUGAAGAGGUAAUUAUUCUAUUUAGGCGCCAUAUUGCUUGA